AUGAUAAAGAAGCAGGAGGGCAUUUUGGAGCUAGUCGCACCGCAGCCAAGGUUUUGCAAUCAGGUUUUUAUUGGCCUACAUUAUUCAAAGAUGCCCACAGACUUMAUGGGACCCUUCCCGAAUUCUUUUGGGAAUAAGUACAUCCUCGUUGCUGUUGAUUAUGUAUCUAAAUGGGUAGAAGCCAUGGCUUUGCCCACAAAUGACUCAAGGAGGGUGGUACAUUUCCUGAAAAAGCUAUUUUCCCGUUUUGGCACUCUGCGAGCUAUAAUUAGUGAUAGGGGAACUCACUUCUGCAAUAGCCAAUUUGAGCGGUUAAUGCAAAAAUAUGGAAUUACACAUAAAUUGGCUACCAGUUAUCACCCUCAAACUAGUGGUCAAGUGGAGUUGGCUAACAGGGAACUCAAAAGAAUUCUGAAAAAGACUAUAGCAUCUGCUAGAAAAGAUGAUGCAUUGUGGGCAUACAGAACUGCAUAUAAGACACCCAUUGGCAUGUCCCCCUACAAGUUGGUCUUUG